CUUUGCAUGCGGCGCCGGGUGCGGGAUUUUAAACAGCCAUGGCCCAGCGGGUCUGGCGCCAGCGGACCCUGAAGCGGUGCCUGGACGAGGCUGGGAAAAACACCGGCCGGCCCGAGCGCUUCCUCACGAUUCAAGAUGAAUUGGCAUCAAACUUCACUUCUUUAACAAAAGUACUUUAUGACUUCAAUAAAAUACUGGAGAAUGGCAGAAUCCAGGGAAGUCCUUUACAGAAACUGGUGAUAGACAAUUUUGAUGAUGAGCAGAUUUGGCAACAACUGGAAUUGCAAAACGGGCCAGUUUUACGGUACUUUGAGGAUGCAGUUAGUGAAACCAUUGAAGAUGAAGACAUCAGUCUUCUCCCAGAGAAUGAAGAGCAGGAUGGGGAAGAGGAUGGGGAAGAGAUGGAGGCUGACGGCCAGGAGGACCUAGAACAAGGUGUGGAUGAGGAGGAAGUCUCAGACACGAGUGGUGAUGAUCCCAAGAGGGAUGAGACAACGAAACAGUCAGGCAAAUGUGAUCUGAGGACAAGCCCAGCUUUCAGUGAUGAGGAUUCUGAUCUUGACUUUGAUAUCAGCAAAUUGGAACAGCAGAGCAAGGUGCAGAGCAAGGUGCAAAGCAAAGUGCCCAAGAAACCAAGAGAAAAGUCCAUAGUGGAUGAUAAAUUCUUCAAACUGUCUGACAUGGAGACCUUUUUAGAAAACAUGGAAAAAGAAGAGGAACAGAAAGAUGAUGCAGAGGAGGAAGAGAUUGAUUUAUUUGAAGAUAUUGAUUCUGAUGAAGAUGAGGGAGGACUGUUUGGAAGCCAAAAACUUAAGUCAGGUAAAAAAAGUUCCCGAAACCUGAAAUACAAAGAUUUCUUUGAUCCGAUUGAAAGUGAUGAAGACAUAGCAAGGGGUCCUGAUGAAGAACUGGGUUCAGAUGAAGGAGAGGAAGGAGUUGCUGAAGAAGGAGGAGAGGAAAGCAUCUCUGAAACGGAUGAAGAUGAUGACCUUGAAGAAACUGAAGACAAUAAGCAACAUAAAGAAACCUCGAAAAGAGUGACCUUUGCUUUGCCAGAUGAUGAGGAAACUGAAGAUACAAAUAUCUUUAAUGUACAGAAAGAGUCUGAUGCUGAAGUUAAAUCCUCUUUUGAAAAAAGACAAGAAAAGAUGAAUGAAAAAAUUGCGUCUUUAGAAAAAGAGUUGCUGGAAAAGAAACCUUGGCAGCUUCAAGGGGAAGUGACAGCGCAGAAGCGGCCGGAGAACAGCCUUCUGGAGGAGACCCUGCACUUCGACCACGCAGUCCGCAUGGCACCUGUGAUUACAGAGGAAACCACCCUUCAACUGGAAGAGAUCAUUAAGCAGAGGAUAAGAGAUCAGGCCUGGGAUGAUGUAGUCCGGAAAGAGAAACCCAAAGAGGAUGUGUAUGAAUACAAGAAGCGGUUAACGUUGGACCAUGAGAAGAGCAAGCUGAGCCUUGCUGAAAUUUAUGAGCAGGAAUACAUCAAACUCAACCAGCAAAAAACGGUGGAAGAAGAAAAUCCAGAGCAUGUGGAAAUCCAGAAGAUGAUGGAUUCUCUCUUCCUGAAGCUGGACGCCCUCUCAAACUUCCACUUCAUCCCUAAACCACCUGUUCCAGAGAUUAAAGUUGUGUCCAAUCUGCCAGCUAUAACCAUGGAGGAAGUCGCCCCAGUGAGCACGAGUGACGCGGCUCUCCUGGCCCCGGAGGAAGUCAAGGAAAAAAAUAAAGCUGGAGAUAUAAAAACCGCUGCUGAGAAAACAGCUACAGACAAGAAACGAGAAAGGAGGAAAAAGAAAUACAGGAAGCAUAUGAAAAUAAAGGAGAAGGAAAAGCGGAGGAAACUCCUUGAGAAGAACAACCCGGACCAAGCAGGGAAAUACAGCAGAGCCGUGGCUUCCGAGAAGUUAAAGCAGCUGACCAAGACGGGCAGAGCCUCGCUGCUCAAGGAUGAAGGUAAAGAUAAAGCCUUGAAGUCAUCUCAGGCAUUCUUUUCAAAAUUGCAAGAUCAAGUCAAAAUGCAAAUCAGUGACGCAAAGAAGACAGAAAAGAAAAAGAAGAAAAGACAGGACAUUUCUGUUAAUAAAUUAAAGCUGUAAUAUAUUUUAACUAGUGUAAAUAUGAAUGCAUACGUUUAUAUUUGGUCAUUGUUCUGUUUUAUAAAUAAAGUUUUUGAAAACUUU